CGGCUUUAUCACACCAAACACAUUCCGUCAAGUCCGUCUCCGAAUUCCGAAGCGGUGUUUGGAAAGAAUAUUAUAUUUUGCCGGUGACAUUUGGUCGUAACUGCGAAGUUGGUUUAUUGCAAGUAAUACGAACCCGAACAAAGGUAAGCUUGUUAGUAAAGUUACAAGUGUUAAAUCAACUUUUUGACUUUUCUAAUACAUACACGGUUGCGUUGAGAUAGCUUCGCUCAACGUAAACUUUUAGGUUUCGUUUUGAAUUUUCCUUCUUUUCCUAUGAUUGUUGCACGCCCUAAUGGGCUUAGAAAUGAUCUUAUAAAACCUGGCUAUUUCUCUGGCUAUUAUAGCAAGCGGGAACGAAACUAACUAUUAUUUGAAUCGUUUCAUCAUGACAUCUUGAUUUGAUCGAUAUUGUGUAAUAAGUAGGAACGAAUUUAUUUAUAGUAAUUGCCACAAAUGUUAGAAUUAAAGUUCCGAGUUUGUUUCUGACGGUUUACUUGCAAAUGCGAUAGCUUUGGCCAUAUCAUAUGCGGUUAAGCAUACGUCGUGUUAAAUGUUAAUAGCCUAAAAUUGUUUUUAAUCAACAGUCUCACAUGCAUACAAUGCAUAUGUCUCACCGACACUGCAUGGGAACUGGGAAGUAGCAGGCAACGUAGCAUCUAUAUACUGAAAGCAACAAAGACAACAAAUUUUAAAAAGUUUAUAUUGAUUACUGAUUUAAUCGUUUGAUUAUCAAUUUAUUUCGACCGACAUAUAAUGUCUGGUCUAUUCACGCACAUACCGGUAGUCAGUACAGUCAUGCAGUCAACGUCAGUAUUCCACACUAAACCGGCUGCCGUGUUUUGUUAUAGUGAAUUACCUGAAAAAAUUGUUAAAACCACUUGACACCGACUGCCAGCGAGCGCCCUAUGUAUAGGCUUUGUCAGAAGAUUUAUAGGCUUAUAGUAGCUUCAAAAAGCAAAUCAAAGACAAAGUCCAAUUUCAAAAGAGAUUUUCACACAUUUUGCUCUAUACUAUAGUAUACUCCUGUAGUAUAUUCUAUAAUACGCCACAACGAUUGUAUGACUGAUGAUUAUUGACAUUGUAUUAUGAACCUCGUCGCUUUAUAUACGUGUGUUUUGUUUGGACCAAUGGUUUUGACUAUUGUUAAGCUGGAAAAGAAAGCUGUCAUAAAUAAUUCUAUAUGGCUAAAUAUAAUAUUAAUGUGCACAAGCGCGGUUUAAAUGAUAUUCAAGUCCCAUAAUAAUGUCUCAGCACGACGUAUAUAUAAAACCUAUCGCUCGACAAAAAAAAUUCAAGUCAUCGUCAUGCAUGCAUGCAUAUACUGUAUCUAAGUUACUGAUUGAGUUAUCUAUAUCAUCAGAUCUAUAAUUUAAUCUGCCUUGCAUGGGAAACCUAACUGCAUGUAACCAAAUUAUCAGGUAUUAAGAUCUAAGGACAACUUGUCUUAUAUAUGUCUUCUCUAUAAGUCUAAGUCCAAGUCUAAGACUUAAGACUAUAAGACUGAAGGACUGCGUGUCUGCAUUAGGUAUAGAAAAAAAAUGUAUUAACAAUUGAUUUUAUAUGGUAGUAUAUAAAUUAACGUCCUUUUAAUUGGCAUCACAUAUAAUCAUAUAAAACUAGUUUAUUAAACAAUCAUUUGGUUAAGACAAGUAUACAGAUUCGUACAGGUUAUUAUUUACAACAUAUUAUUAAAUUGAAUUUUUUCCCUUGACCUUCCCUUUUUUUUCCUUCACGUUUAGUGUUCAUCAGAAAAGCUAUGGGAACGAACAACAGUAAACAUAUUCACAUGCAGGAAACACACGCAGAAGAUAAAGAACGCAUUCAGGAAUUGGAAAACGAAAUUACUCGUUUACAAAGCUCACAUGAUGUUUUGUCGAGGAAAUAUUCUAAUAAAUGCAUUGAAAACGGAAACUUACUCGGAGACAUGAAAAAAUUGGAAGAAAUAAGUGAUGAACAGACACAGACAAUAAAAAAACUGCAAAAUGAGAAAAAAGCGUUGUGUAAAAAAAUCAAAGAGUUAAAAGAGAAGUUAGACGCAGCUCACGACGAGUUAAAUUAUCAGCUCCAAAAACUACGGCAGAAAGGUAAAAAUUGUGACAGAAAUUGUGUGUUAGGUAUAGUACAUUGGAUUUGCGAAGAGAAACUACCAUCAGUAAAGGUCACUGGUUGUGAACGCCAAUUGGACAAAAUACUAACUCACUUUGCAGAUAAUAAAGGCAUAAAAGUUGAAAAAGAAGAUCUCAAAUGCGAAAAAUUCAUGGAGAUAUUAAUAAAAUGUGAAAUAGUUCAUGUAGUCUUCGAGGAUGACAAGAGUGACAAGCUUAAAAUUAUAGACGAGGUGUGGAAAAAAUUAAUGAGUAUGAAUGAAGGAUUAUGUUUAUUGGGAAUAAAGAGUCCAAAGGCUACAGGUGGGGGUCAUUGUAUAAUUUGUGACCUGGAUGCAAAGAUUACGGAUGGACGAAUGUUUCAUGAUCCACAAGGAGACGAGAAUGCACAAAUGAACAAAAAAGAAUUCACAGAUUAUCUAAAUGAUCCAAAUGUUGUAGGUCUAAAUUUGCACAUUGUAAACCUGCAGAAACUAGAAGAAAUAAUCAAAGAACAUCAUGAAGUUUUACAUUUACCAAGCACAACAAAACAGAUGGCAUUGUAAUGAAAUGGUAGUGCCGUUGAUGGUAGCUUUCCAAAGGGAUCACCAAUUGACCAUCCCCACAGGUUGAUGAAGCCAAUGGGAUUGUGAGACUAAUCGUUUAAAAAUGUAACGAAAUCGAUCUAACCGGCUAAUGUAUAUGCUUGUGCUUGUUUAGGCACAGGAAGUAGUACACUAACCAGUGGCGGACACUUCACGAAAUAUUGGGGGGGAUUUCAAAAUAUAUGCCAAAGGGGCCUAAGUUAUGCGAAUGUUUCAGAACAUGGGUCACUUGAUGAAAUGAAUAAAGAGUCCAGAGUAGUGCCAUUUAAUUAUAACAUUAGAUAUUCAAUUAAGAUGAUUAAUCAAUUAAGCAUGUCGAUUAGCGUUGUUGUUUAAUGUACACUGCAGUUCAGCAGUUGAAACUAUCAAUUCUAAUGGUUUAAAAUGUCUUAUUAGUAGAGCUGUAAGGAAUCCUACACAGAACAAAACAGAUUGUAUAAAAUUCUAUGUUGUGGUAUCAUUGGCAUGCAUUGUACGGAAUCAUUUCCCUUGCUAUAUUGCUAACUGUAGCUUAGGUUCUAUCUAAUAGUCAUUAUUUAAUUUAAUAUGACAAUUACGUUAUACAGGGUGUAUCAAAAAAAACGCAACCUCGGAAUUUCCUUAGAAAUCACUGUGCAAUUCUUAAGCAUAAACGAUUUUAGGGCCGCUGGGAAUUGAAAUCGUAUUGCUAAUAGAUCAUAUUACUGUUGUUGUGCAUUAAAUAAAUGCAUAAAUUUUGCUUUAUGCACUCGCGUGUGCAGUAAUUUUGACAGUUGUGCUAUUUUAAAUUCCCAGGCGCCUAAAAUCUUUUGUCUUUAAAACAAUGUCGAUUUCUUGGGAAAUUCCGAGGUUGCGUUUUUUUUAUACACCCUGUAUAGGUGUGAUUGCAUGCUUGCAUGCCACUUGCUAGCUCCUAAACAAUGCUUGUGAAUUGUGAUAUUUGGUACCAGACUUUCAUAGGUCUUUCAAAACUAUUGGGGUGCGGCCGCCCCACAGCGUAUACGAUCGUGUAAAUACACGAAAUUAAUCAUUUAUUAUAUCAUUAUUUUGUAUUGAAUAAAUUAUUUUGGGGUCAUCUACUGUUUCUGAUGUUAUAUAUUCUACGAGCUAAGGAUACUUGUGGUUGAAAGAACAGUUUGAAAACCAUUGUAUAUAUUUUCAUCAAAGGUAUCUAGAUCAUAACUGGAUAGCAUGGAGAACAGUGAGAUUUUCAAAACAAUGAAAAGACAAUGGAACAUUCUGAUCACUGGAUCAUGACUGGAUGACAUGGAGAACAGUGAGAUUUUCAAAACAAUGAAAAGACAAUGGAACAUUCUGAUCACUGGAUCAUGACUGGAUGACAUGGAGAACAGUGGUAUUUUCAAAACAAUGAAAAAACAAUGAAACAUUCUGAUCACUGGAUCAUGACUGGAUGACAUGGAGAACAGUGAGAUUUUCAAAACAAUGAAAAGACAAUGGAACAUUCUGAUCACUGAAUCAUGACUGGAUGGCAU